GCCAAAGAGACAGGAAUACUUGCAAAGCCAGCAGGGAGCUGGGCAGUUCUCUUCUGGCUGUUGGGACCUACCAUCUCUCUCCAGGAUGACGUGACCUUAUGGUAGACACCAGAACUGAGGCCCCAGGAUGACAGAACCUGAAACUCUGGCCUUGCUGGAAGUGAAGGGGUCUGAGGCCCCGGAGAAGAAUUCACCUCAGGCUUUGGUUUCUAAUAGCCAGAAGCCAGAGGGGGAAGAUAAGGAUGAGUCUCUUGGAAUUGAAUCCCUCACAGUGGAGUCUUCAGUUGGAUUGCCCAUGGCCAGAGAGGGGACUGAGGAUGGUCUAGACAGUACAGUAAGUGAAGCUGCUACUUUGCCUUGGGGGACUGACCCCCCACCUAGUGCCCUGUUCCCAGAUCCACCAGGCUGGCGGCAGCACAUUGAGCCAGAGCCCCUUGAAUCAGAACCACCUAGUAAGUCAGAAGAGUUAUCCAAAGAUGAUGCCAACCUUCUGCCUGAGAAGGUGGCCCGGGCCUUUGUGCCUAUUGACCUACAGUGCAUUGAGCAGCAUCCGCAGGAAGAUCUCAUUUUGCGCUGUGAGGUGGGCCAGGGUGAUCAUCGGAACUUCCUGUCCACCAGAGCUACCCACCCUGAGCCCCUAGAGCGCAAGUGGUCUGAGGCAGUUGUGAAGCCACCUGGCCGGUCCUGUGGAGGCUGUGGGAGCUGUGGAGGCCGUGAGGGUCUGAGAGCUGUGGCUUCAGUGGUGGCUGCCCUCAUCCUCUUCCCCUGCCUGUUGUAUGGAGCAUAUGCCUUCCUGCCCUUCGAUGCUCCACGGCUGCCCACCAUGAGUUCCCGCCUGGUCUACACGCUGCGCUGUGGAGUCUUUGCCACUUUCCCCAUUGUGCUAGGGCUCCUGGUCUAUGGGCUGAGCCUGUUCUGCUUUUCUGCUCUGCGGCCCUUUGGAGAGCCAAGGAGGGAAGUAGAGAUCCACCGGCAGUAUGUGGCCCAGUCAGUCCAGCUCUUCAUCCUCUACUUCUUCAACCUGGCUGUGCUUUCUACCUACCUGCCCCAGGAUACCCUCAAGCUGCUCCCUCUGCUCACUGGUCUUUUUGCCAUCUCCCGGCUGAUAUACUGGUUAACCUUUGCUGUGGGACGCUCCUUCCGAGGCUUUGGCUAUGGUUUGACAUUCCUGCCCCUGCUGGCCAUGCUGGUGUGGAACUUCUACUACAUGUUCGUGGUGGAACCCGAGCGCAUGCUCACGGCUUCUGAGAGUCGCCUGGACUACCCUGACCAUGCCCGAUCUGCCUCUGACUACAGGCCCCGUUCCUGGGGCUGAUCCAUGGGAUGCCAGCAAGGGAAAGAGGUGGACAGCCAUGCCCCUUAAGGAUGUUGAGGACAAGGACCAAGACUAGUAGGAAAGGAAUAGUUCCUCUCUGAGCAGCCUCCACAACUGCUACUAGGACCCACCAAUGCUGGACUCUGCCCUGCUCCUCAGCUUUUAGUGAGUAGGGGACAGACCACAGCUAAACCUAGAAGGUCUCAAAUCAGAACUCAAGGUAAUUGGAAAACUUGCCCAUGCCAAAGGACAAAGAAUGGCAUUGGAUCACUUAUGGAUUUUCAUGCUUGAACCUUCCUAGCUAGGUUCAAGACUCUACCACAGGCCUUAAGGACCUUUAGCAUCAGUCAAGACUAUUAAUGCUGCUGCCCCAACCAAGGAUGAUGCUUCCUCCCUUCCAACUUAUGUAGGUCUCUGACAUCUUAUCUCCAAAAUUCAUACUUCCCAUGGGAGAAGAGUAGCUAGGGAGACCUGUCUCCCAAGAAGGUUUUGUGCAGUAUUUGUCUGGGGACGGUUGGAAAGGUGUAGUGGCUAAUGUUAGCCCAGUAUGAGUGUGAAUAUGUGUGCAUGCAUGCC